AUGGCUAAAGGCACCAAGAAGGUCAGAAUCCUCAGUAAAUACGGGAGGCAGGACGGUGCCCCGCACAGGAAAAUGGUGAAGAAGAUUGAACUUAGCCAGCACGCUGAGCACACUUGCGCCUUCUGUGACAAAACCAAGAUGGAAAGACGAGCCACGGGGAUCUGGCACUGUGGUUCCUGCAUGAAAACAGUGGACGGCAGUGCCUGGCCCUGGGACAUGGCUUCUGUGGUCACAGCAAAGUCGGCCAGCAGGAGGCUGGAGGACCUGAAAAUCCACCAUUGA